UUGACUUCGUAUUUAAUUUCUUGCAAAGUGAUAAGAUGUCAAAUGAAAAUAGCUGCUCUAUAAGUGAUCUUGUAAAUGAAGAGUGCCAUAAAGAAAGAUUUCGUGCAAAUAAGGAUAUAUACAAAAUCGAUUCUCUGACUGUAGAAGAUUUACAGCUUCUUUCUUUAAGAGUACCAGGAUUUAACAGUCUUGAAAAAAAAUCCAUUUGUGAUUAUCAUCACAAGAAAUAUAUUAAAUUUUAUUCACAUGCUGAGCGUUAUUGUUGUGAUCCUUGUAAUGUACAUGAUAAAAACAUAUCAAACACUUUGACCAUUAUUGACUUAAAAUUAGCAGAAAAAAUUUUAAAAAGCUGUGAUCGUCAAGUUAUACCUGGUAAAAAAUUAUGUAAACAUUGUAAAGAUGAUUUUUCAACAAAAAUUAAAAAUUUUGAAGAAAAGUUUAAAUACUGUAUUGAUCCAUUUCAAAAGCAUAGAACAAAAGUUGAUGAUGAUUUAAUUUUUUUGAAACAAGAAUAUAUAAAUUAUUUAUUGAAUGUCCACAAAACUUCUUUUUGCUUGGAACAUAAGGUGUGCAAUGCUUGUAGUGUUCGCUUGAAUUCUGACAUGUUGAAAUAUCAACAAUCUUCAAAAGCUGAAUUUAAAGGUACACAAUCCAGUCCAUUAGUAUGUAAUGAAAGUCAAGAAAUUAGCAGCACAGAGAAUACACCAGGGUUUACUCAUAGUUCUUCGAGUUCUGAAUUCACAUCAAACAGUCAGAAUAAACGAAAGCUUGCCCAAAUGCUUGAACCUUUUGAUAUAACAUUCAAGCGCCAAAAGUUGAAUGAUGAUCGUAUUAUAAAUGAAGGUGUUGGUAUUUUACAAGAUGUUGUAAACCAGAUAUCCCAGGUUUUUCAAAAUGCACAUGAGGUCGAGUUACCCAAAUUCAAUAAUAUCAAACAAAUGUCAAAUGAAGGCAAUUGGUUUCAAGAGAUUGUCACUAAUAUUCAAAAGAAAUAUCAUGCUCCUGCAACAAAUUAUAAUGAGAAAGUUUCUUUAUUGACACUCUUGCCUACUACUUGGAAAUAUUCAGAUGUAAAACUGUACAUUCCAUGCAGCAGAUACAUGUUUAGUGAAGCUAAUAAAUUGAGAGAAAAGACUGGUAUUUUGAGCCUACGAAAAAGAAAAACGUAUUGGAAGUACUCUCCCGAAGUAAGAAAAGAAAUUGUUAAUUUCUAUUUAGAUGACACAAAUAGUUCACAAUGCAGUGGAGCAAAAGAAAAAAUCACAGUAAAAGUCACAGGUCAACAACCACAAGUCUUCCAAAAAAGAAUUAUGUUGUACGACCAGAAAGAUUUAUACAAUAGCUGGAAAGAAAUUACUACUCAAUCUUCUAUUCCAUGCCUAGCAUUUUUUUGUCAGUUACAGCCGCCAUAUUGUUUUUUUGCCGGAGAACCGGGUACACACAACAUUUGCGUUUGUUCUACUCAUGACAAUGUAAAACUUAAAACUGCAGCUGUCAAUCCCAAGAUUAGCUACAGAGAAGCUAUUGCAGCUUCAGUUUGUUCAACAAAUAAUAAAUGUUGCAUGUUCCGCAAAUGCAAUAGCUGUCCAUCUCAAGAUAGCGUGUAUCAAUUUCUAAGCGAUGGCAUCGAUAUUGAGUCAAUGCGAAAUGUAAAAUAUACAAUUUGGAGCACUACUAAAGUAGCUGGUAAUACUUCAGAAAAUACUUCCUUCAGCAAAAUAUCUCUUAUAGAGUGUGACGAACCUUUCGAGGUGCUUUUAAAUACUACUUCUGAAGAUAUAUACAACUUAACUCAGCACCAUUUUAUUUCUUCUCAACAAAAAGACUAUUAUUGUCAAUGUCGCAAAACACUAGAUCGAUUUACUGCAGUACUUAUUAUAGAUUUCGCCGAGAACUAUUCAUUCAUAGCUCAAAAUUCACCCCAAGGACUUUAUUUCAACAAUGUGCAGGCUACAUUGUUUACUGGAGUAUUAUACUAUAAAGAUAAUGGGACUGGUGACGUGUCAUGCCAAAGUUAUUGCGUAAUUUCGGACAGUAAAACUCAUCAAGCAUAUUCUGUAAAUGCAUUCCAGGAAGCUAUUCUCAAUGAAAUAAAGCAAGAGUUUCCUUGGAUAACACAGCUUAUUUAUUUCAGUGAUGGAGCUCCAACCCAGUUUAAAAAUAAAAAUCACUUGAUUAAUAUCUGCUACCAUGAAGAGGACUUUGGUCUAAUAGUUGUAUCAUACAACUUUUUUAUGACUUCUCAUGGUAAAAGCGCUGCAGAUGGCAUUGGAGCUGCUGCAAAACGCAGGGCAAGAAAAGCAGCCUUACAAGGGCAUUGCAUUUUGGAUGCCGAGCAGAUGUACGAUUAUCUGAGUAAAACUGACUCUGAUAUAAAAUAUCUAUAUGUUUCCAAUGACGACGUAGAAGCAAGAGGAAAGAAGCUUUCCUCCAAGAAGGAUAGUAGAUUCAACAAUGCAAAAACUAUUAAAAACACUAGGCAAUAUCACUGUUUUCUACCCAUAGACUUAAAUACAAUGAAAGCUAAACUAUAUUCUUUUGAUACUGAGUUUGACGUUGUUAAUAUAGCUUAA